GAGAGAGAGAGAGGGAGAGGGAGAGCGCGAGAGAGAGAGAGAAAAGGCAUCAGUUCGCUACGUUCGCAAGGGAAUCAAUCAGAAGCGAAAACAGAACGUGGACACAAUGGAUUCUAUAAUAGACGGAUUGUAACUUGAACGAAACACUGUGAGCAAGGGGGAGGAAGACAGAGGAGCUAUGCUGUUACUUCCAAGUCUCAGUGGCUCAGUUUGAUUAACCAUGAUGAAGACUGAACCCCCAUCGGCGGGCAGUGCCAGCUCCACCCUCCGGAGCCCGUCCCCCCACAGGAACGCCUAUGAGGCGGGCAUCCAGGCUCUGAAGCAGGCCCACGACGCCCUGAAUAAUGCCGCCAAUGGGGACGAUGCUGCCAAGGAUGGAAAGCCACCACGGCCUACCGGCAGGGGCCGCCGCCAGUACGGCUCCAAUGUCCACCGCAUCAAGAACAUGUUCAUGCAGAUGCAGUCGCCUGGCGAUGAGGAUGACCCGUCCAAGGCCAAUGACCAGGCGGUGCGGCUGUCCCUGCCCAGGGCCAGCAGCCUCAAUGAGGACGUGAACCACAGCGCCCUGCUCAAGCUGGGCGCCACUGUCUCCGAGCGCGUCAACCGCUUCGACCCCAAGGGCGGCGAAGUCGGCGGGUCCCGAGGGGCCUCAGCGGGGUACUCCAAGCUGCAGGAGACGAGGAAGAUCUUCGAGCAGCGCCAGCUGCAGGAGAAGCAGUCGGCCACCAACCGCAUCCUGCUCAAGAAGGAGCGUCCGGUUUCAUCCGCUGUCCAGGACAGUCGGCUGGAUGUGGUAGUGCGCUUCAAUGGCAGCACUGAGUCUCUGGACUGCCUGGAUAUGGUAGGGGGAGCCGGUGAGGCAGUGUCGCCCACCGUUAGCCAGCUAAGCGCUGUCUUCGAGAAGGGUGACCUGAGGAACAACCUGAACCGGUCCUCCUCCACGUCCCCAUUGCCCUCCCGAGAAGAAAGCCCCACUCCGGUGAAAACAGCGGAAUGCCUCAACUCCAAAAUCAUCGCCAGGAAGGUGCAAGUCUUGCCCCCAGGAAGUCAGGAGGAUGGGAGCAGCCAACCCUUGGACCAGGAGGGUUCCCCCAGAAGCCCCAGGAACAGAGUAGCUCCCCAAAACGACAACUGCUCCUCAGGAAGUCCACAAACAGGGGACAGGACCUCUUCUGCUUCUACCGAAGCCAAGCCUGAGAGGGAGAGAGGGAAGGAAGCCAGGGGCUCAAGUACCGGAGGCGAGCCUGGCAGGGAACCAAUACCCAGGGACCAAGAGGACUCCUCCGCACCCGAGGCAGGAAGCCGGCUGGUGCAGGCCGAGAUCCACGCCUCACUGGAAAAUGGAGAGGCCUCUGGGGCCCCCAGUGACAUGGUAGGGCGGCAGGAGGGAGAGAGGGGCCACAGGGAGGAGCCAGGGGAGGGGCCCCAAUGUGAGGGACAGGAAGAGGAUGGCCUGGAGGAGGAGUCUCGUAAGGAUGAUUACUCGGAGGGCGACCUGGUGGACAUCAGCGCAUACAGCGGCAUCGGAGAGGACUCCGGCGGCAGCCAGCUGGAUGAGGAGGAGGAAGAUGAGCCCUACGAGCCAGAGUCGAGCUGCUCUGAGAUCCCGGGACUGCCUGCUGAGGAGGAAGCACCGCCGGAGAACAGGAAGAUCUGCUUUAGCACUGGACCGAUAAAGGUGUUCACCACGUACUCCAACGAGGACUACGACCGGCGUAAUGAUGACGUGGAUCCCAUGGCGGCGUCGGCUGAGUACGAGCUGGAGAAGAGGGUGGAGAGACUGGACCUCUUCCCUGUGGAAUUGGAGAAAGAUGGGGACGGUCUGGGGAUCAGCAUCAUUGGCAUGGGUGCCGGGGCGGACAUGGGUCUGGAGAAACUGGGCAUCUUUGUCAAGACGGUCACUGACGGAGGAGCUGCACACCGAGAUGAAAGGAUCCAGGUGAAUGACCUGAUCGUGGAGGUGGAUGGGACCAGUCUGGUGGGCGUGACCCAGGCCUUUGCUGCCUCCGUCCUCAGGAACACCACCGGCACUGUCAAGUUCAUGAUUGGCCGAGAGAAGCCAGGUGAGCAGAGCGAGGUGGCCCAGCUGAUCCAGCAGACCCUGGAGCAGGAACGCUGGCAGAAAGAGAUGAUGGAGCAGCGUUACAGCCAGUACAUGGAGGAGGACGAGGAGACAGGUGAGUAUGCCACGGACGAGGAGGAGGAGAUGAGCCCCAUGUUCCCCAACGCCAUAGAGGUGUUUGACCUGGCGGAGAAUGAGGACAUGCUCUCCCCAAUGGAGAUGGACCCUGAGAAAAUGGCCCACAAGUUCAAAGAGCUACAGAUAAAGCAUGCGGUCACCCAGGCUGAGAUUCAACAGCUGAAGAGAAAGCUGGCGCAUUCAGAGCAGGACAAGCUGCGCUGGCGCAUGGAGCGUGCCCAGCUGGAACAGAGCGUUCGGGAGAACAAGGAGCGCAUGGAGAAGCUGGAGGGCUACUGGAUGGAGGCCCAGAGUCUGUGUCAAGCGGUGGACGAACACCUGAAGGAGACACAGGCCCAGUACCAGACCCUGGAGCGCAAGUACAGCAAGGCCAAGCGCCUCAUCAAGGAAUAUCAGCAGAAGGAGAUUGAGUAUCUGAAGAAGGAGACGGCUCAGCGCAGAGCCCAAGAGGAGACAGAGGCCACUCAUAAGGAAGAGGCCGACAACCUCCAGGACAAGAUCACAGACCUGGAGACCAAGGUGGAUGCUCUGAAGACCUCUGAUCCCUCCUAAACCUCUGGCAGAGAGAGGGAAAGGAGGGACAAUGCCUUCUCACUUUUACAAUCCACGUUGCACCUGACGGAUUGUAAGAAUGACGAAAGAAGAAGAAAAUAAUGGAGAAAGGAAGACUUUAGGUGCAGCAGUUUUAAGUGGGGAGGGGGGGGGGGGGGGUGUUGAAUACUUUUUUUUUUUUUUUUACUGAUGUCUGUCAUUUGCUUCGAGCCGCGUCAACAAUCCCAAUAUGCUCCUUAUUCAGUACCUGGAGUCCUUGUUGCAUUGAACCACAUUCAACUAGUUAACUACCCAACUGAUCUAUCUGUGAAGGAGGUUGCUUGUCUUCUAUGCUCUUCUUUUUGUCUAAUCACUUGUAAAAUAACUAACCAGGAAAUACAGCCCCUACUGACUUAAUGCUUCUAGUCUAUUCUAGACUGACUGGAUAUGGGGAACAGAACCGGACAGAAUAAACUGCAUUGAUGACAGAGACUCUCCUCCGAUACUGGUGAAUAUACUGGUGAUAGACCGUGCUUCUGCUGUAUGGCAUGAUCUCUCUUGAUUUCUACUAACUGAACAAAGGAAACUGUCCGCUUCCCCUUUUUGCUAGACUGCUCCCCUUGUAUGAUGGAAAGACUCAGGUUGGGUUCGAGUUAAUUUGUACAGUGAUGAAAUGCUUGUUUUGUAUAUAUUCUUUACAUAUAUUUAAAAUAGCUUAAAAAGCUUAAGCAUUGGUGGCUGGGUUGGGGGGUGGGAGGGUGUUGAAUGGAAUCGACGUAAGCAUCGAGAAGACUGGGUAUACAGAAGAUGGUCCUAAUUCCAAGUGGAUAUAGGACACGCAAAGUGGGUGCAUUUUCCUUUUCUAUUAGCAACAUGGCAAACAGGGUGUGAAUAUGUGUACGGUUAACAGUUCAAUGUGUUACUAGUGGUUUUACUUGCGUAUGUCUCACCUUGGGUUCUGAUAAUGUAGAGGGUCAGUAUUAUUUGACUUUGUGCUUCACUCUAUAUGAGUUUCAGAAUCCGGGUUUUUCCCGCCCCGACCAGUAAGGUCUUACUCACGCUCUAACGUUUGCAUCUGGAAUCACUGCUAGAUUAGCAAAGGGGGUUAAAUCUAGCCCCCAGACGGUGUAGCCCUUCGAAUUUGGGGACUAGAUGUCAAUCUUUGUGUAAUGUUGGGGUAGCUAGAACCAUGGGGAAAUGUUGUUACAUAGCAGCUUUAUGAAAGAGAGUGAGAUUGACGGAGGCAGGGGGGGGGGGGAAUUCUCCAGCAUGCCUCAAUAGUCUCAAGUGGCUUCCUGUCUUGUCUCUUUUUCUUCACUUCAUCUGAUCUGAAAAACACAGGGAAGGUAAAAGCAAAGCAGUGUGUCUGAUCUGAUUCCUACCAGAGGUGCUCCUGUCACCUGUCCAGUGUAUCUCAGGUCAGUGCAGAUGAAGGAGACCGGAAGAGGCCACUGUGGACUACUGAGGUGCAGUAAAAAGGUCUUUGUCUGUAGACGCGAUGCUCUCACUUGAUUCUCCAAUAAUACCAGUCAGCUGCCUUGCUCCCUCUUUGCUGCUCAUGUUUGUCAACAGUGUCUUUUUUUUUAUCUAAGACUAGGCAUUUGGAACUUCCUGUCAUCACUUACUUCACUGUCCCCUAGUAGCACAAACAGGUCAGACUUAUUUGCCCCCACUAUGUAUUCAUUUUUUAAUCUUAAAAAUGGCCCUAUUAUUAUUUUUAUCUUGUAUCAUUUGAAUUGUUUUAAUGUCAAAUUUGUAUUAUUUUAACUAUGAAAACAGAUGUAUUUGACAGUGUUUUCAUGGGCCCAAUGUUACUGUACAGCUCUGUCAUGUUGCAGUACUGCUCUAAGCCAGGAGGUGUCACACUUUCAGUGAGUUUUGAUUGAGAGAAGGCAUACUAGGUCAUCAGGUCGUGAACAAUUCCUGGUUUGCCAUCUCUGGAAUAAGCUGGCACGUUUUAUGACCAUAUUUUGCAGUAUUAGGUAAUAUUGGAGUCGAUGUGUGAACAACUUCCACAUGCUGAGAAGUGGCAUUGAACAGAACUUUAAAGGCCCAGUGCAGUCAAAACAUGAUUUCCUGUGUAAAAUUAUAUAUUUCCAUGUUGAAAAUUCUGAUAAUGCCCUUUUAGUGUAAGAGUUGUUUGAAAAGACUGCUUGGGAAUUUCUGCCUGUUUUGGUGGGAUGGAGUUUAGGCCUGCCCUAAUUAGCUAAUAUAAUUCCAAACAGCUAGUUUUCAGUUUCCAUCUGCCCACUCAGACCACUCCCAGGCAGUCCUAGAAAAAUGAUUGCUUGAGAAAUUGCUCUUUGCUAAGAAAGUAUUUUUGUUUCUUUUUGAUGAUUUGAAUUGAAAACAAUCACAGUAAGGUACUUAGAUGUUACCCAGAAAUGAAUUCAUAUUGAGAUGAAAUGGAGGAAUUUGACCUUUUUUUUAAGCAAAAGGAAACCCGUUCCAAAAAAAAUGACUUUUCUGUGUUUGUCCUGUAUGGCCUACUAACUCCACACAGUAUGCUUGUAUAGGAUGCUGGCGGUAACAUAGUGAGUGUGCCAGUAUGGAACACACAUGGUCCAACUUAGAGAUAAGCAGUGCCUCUCUCAUCUCAAGACCUUUUUUCUCCCCUGUCCCCAAUGGUAUUAUUGCUACUUUGCGCUUUCCUCUUGGCUAUAUGCAGUAUAUGUUUACUUUUUUAAAAAUCCAUCUUCAUAGUGAAUACCUUGCCUACAGUUGUGAAUCAAAACUGUUGACCUCUACUUAACCAAAAGAGAGAGAACUGCGUAGAACACAUUCAGAUACGCUGCUACUGUGUCUGUUAAUGUAUGACUCUCAAACGGACCUAACCAACGGACUUGCCUGUAAAGUCUUCAUCACAAAAUGGACUCCUUCUCUCACCUCUCAGAUGGCGGGCAGACACUGGACAAGUAUCAUUUAACGACAAACGGGACUAAAUGAAAUAUGUUCAUCCAUGAACAUUCCAUGGCUAGGUAUGCUGUCAGUAAAGUUACGACCAUGGGAAACGUGUCAGAAAUGGGAUAGUUGACCAAUGAAAUGGCUGGGUGAAAAAGGGAUGUGGUUUACUGAAGUGGAUCUUUGAAUUUGACACGACAUUUAGCAUCUUUGUGAUUCCAGUUCUGAUAGUACCCCUUCGAGACAGUAUUAGAAUACAGUACAUAUGCUGGGCAAUGCAUAUCUGUACUUCAGAAUAGGAAAGGGGAACCACAUGUACACAUAAACCACACGCCAAUGAGGGCAUGAAACAGGAGCUCUAUAUUGUGAUCUAGACCAGAUUAAUCGUAUGGUGUCUCGUCUUUUCACAUUCCAUUGUACACUUUGUCAUUACUUCGCAUAAAUGCUGUUGGAAAUUCUAAAUUCUAGAUCUCUGCUUCAUACUAGAGGAUCUUGCGUUAUUGACCAUGGUCCAUUAGUAAGUGUAAUAGCAUUGCCCUCUGAGGUGGAAGGAAACUGGUUACAUUCCUUUUUGUAUUCUUUUUUUUUUAUCCUUGCCUUGUGGUUUGCAAACACAAUGAGUAAGAGGGGAAAAAGUCCUGAAAUUCAUCGUUUGUCUCACAUAGUUUACUGUCAUUGUUAAUAAAUGCAGAUGUGUUGAACAAGA